CCCAAGUGCUGCCUCAUUCAGUCUCUUGCAAAAUUCCUCGUAGGAGAAAUGAGGCAUCGCCUAUGAAUUCUUUUCUCGUUUCAUGGUUGUCUUAAGAGACAUAUGUCACUUAUACCCGCCAAGUACUGCUAUCCUGACAAUCUCGUCCCUCACAUUCAACGAACCGCUCCACAACGACUGCCCAACCGAUCACUAGAAAGGCACAUCAUGGCUAAGCCCAGCGUCUUGUUCGUCUGCGUCCACAACGCUGGUCGCUCCCAAAUGGCCGCCGGUUACCUCAUUCAUCUCGCUGGCGACACCAUUAAAGUCCGCUCUGCCGGGCCGGCCACCAGCCGACUCCAUCAAUCCCAUCGUCAUUGAAGCUAUGCGCGAAGAAGGCAUUGACCUCAGCAACCAAAAACCCAAGAUUCUCACUACCGACGCGGUUCAAGCCAGCGAUGUUCUCAUC